AUGGGCGACGUGGGGUUGCCACACGCUGAGUCCGAGGAGGGCUCGGUUGAAGAUCAGCGCCACGAGGAUAUCCGCGGACGCCUCCAGCUGCCCUUCUUCCUGUACGAAGGGCCCAAUAUCGACGAUGGCACGUGGUUCGAGCCUUGUGCGCGUGGGCUGCGCGGUGAAACGGUCACUGAGGAUCAGUACUCGGGUGAGCACUACUUCCUCAGCCAGCUGCGCGGUCAUCGUUGGCGCGUGCGCGACCCCGCUACCGCGUUGCUAUUCGUUGUGCCGCUGUACAUCAACGCCGCGCUGCAGCCUUCCGUCGCUGGCACCUCAUGCAACGGGACGCAUUACCAGCGGCUGCUGGAUGCCACGGCAGCAGCGGUCGCCUCCACCGAGCAGUACGCAAGGCACCAAGGGGCCGACCACCUCAUCGUGUGCAACUCCUGGAAGCUGUCCCAGCGCCCGCCGGCGCAGGCCCCGUAA